CUCAACGGCGAGCACGCGACACACCAGUGACUUGCGCAUCCGCCACCUUCCGCAAUCGGUUUGACAACCACCUCAUCGCAUUGCAGUCGACUUCUACAACAACUCCCACGCUGCUAGAACUCUAUCGCAAACAUGGCGCAAGCAGACUGGCUCGAGAUCGGCCUUCCCACUCUUGACCGUCCCUUCGGCCUCGCCCUCUGGCCCAUCUUCUCCAAAUGCUGGCAAGCAGUAGUCGGCUACAAGCCGGAGCAGUUCAGAUUCACCCCCGGCCGCACUCCCAUGGCGACCAUGACCGAGACGGCCGUGACAUUGAUUUCCUACUACAUCAUCAUCUUCGGCGGGCGAGAGCUCAUGAAGGACCGGCAGCCGUUGAAACUGAACGGCCUCUUUAAGAUCCACAACUUCUACCUGACCGCAAUCAGCGGCAUACUACUACUUCUCUUCCUGGAGCAGCUCAUCCCAGAAAUCACGCGAAACGGCGUCUUCCACGCCAUCUGCUCCUUUGAUGGGGGCUGGACGCCGCAACUCGUCGUCCUCUACUACCUAAACUACCUAACCAAAUACCUCGAACUCCUCGACACUGUCUUCCUCUUCCUCAAGAAGAAACCGCUCACCUUCCUGCACACCUACCACCACGGCGCCACCGCCUUACUCUGCUACACCCAGCUCCUCGGCCACACCGCCGUCUCUUGGGUCCCCAUCGUCCUCAACCUCACCGUCCACGUCGUCAUGUACUUCUACUACUUCCAGUCCGCGCGCGGCAUCAAGAUCUGGUGGAAGAAGUACAUCACCAUCCUGCAGAUCGUGCAGUUCGUGAUCGAUCUGGGGUUCAUUUACUUCGCUUCGUAUACGUACUUUUCGGCGAGCUACUUCCCGUGGUUGCUGACGGCGGGGAUAUGCGCGGGCGAGGAGUUUGCGGCGUUUGCAGGCAUGGCGAUCAUCACGAGCUAUUUAGUGUUGUUCAUUGGGUUUUACAUCAGCACCUACAAGAAGCCGGUGAAGAAGGGACGCGGACGGGCGGUCAGCGCGUUGGUCGAGAUGAAGGACGAGCAAGUGCCGGAUGUGAGGGAGGCGAGACGGAGGUUAAGUGGCGGCGCCGCGACGAUGAACGGGAGUGCGUUCAGUACGGGGAAGGAGAACGGACUGCCGAAUGGAAAUGGACGGGUCACGCGGUCGAGGAAGGCUUAGAGGGCUUCGGAUGAUACGCUGGACUCGGCGGAAGAGUGUGCUGUUGAGGAUGUGGGGAUGAAGAGGCCGAGGCGGAGGCAGGCGGAGGGAUAGUUCGACGGAGAUCGCGGGUGGGCUGUGGGCGUUGAAGGUGCCUCGAGGUUUCCGUUGAGUGCGGACGCAGCGCCAAAAGAAGCUGGGCGUGGCCAG